GCAAAAUCUUAUUGAACGAUGUCUUCAGCUUUACAUGAGCCAAAAGGAAGUUGUGAACACACUCUUAAAACAGGCAAAAAUAGAGCCUGGUUUUACUGAACUUGUUUGGCAGAAGCUUGAAGAAGAAAAUCAGGAGUUUUUCAAGGCAUAUCAUCUGAGAUUGUUGGUGAAAGAUCAAAUAGUGAAAUUUAACACAUUGCUUGAGAGACAGGUUGAGCUGAUGCACCAGAUAUGCCCUGCUGCAGUUACUUCUUUACCUAUGUCUAAUGGAUCUCAUAUUUCACAAAUGCACCAGAACACAGCAUGCUAUGUCACAGACCAAACUGGACCUGCUCUAAAGACAGAUAACAUGCAACAGCCUAUAGGUACCACUUUACCAAAUGCAUUCCCCAAUGGUGGGUCAUCACUUCACCAACGCCUGCAAACAGCUGUUGAUACCUCUGCUCAUGCCAGAAGGAUUGAUGUACCACCAAACGUACUGUUGGCUCAGGGUUCAAAUGUGGGAAUGAUACCAGGAAUGAAUGGGGGGAUGAUCAAAUCCGAAGUUGGAUAUGUCGGAAAUUCUCAGUACUUGUUUGGUGCUGAUGGCAGUGUCUUGGAAACACGUCCUGCUAUUGGGGAUGCUUUUUAUUCAUCUUUCAGCAGCAUAGAGUCUAAUUCGCAACCACUGAAUGGAACAAUCCUGGAUGCCAAUGUCUCUUCAAUUGGACUUUUAGGACAGAUACCUCGAAACUUCAGUCUAUCAGACUUGGCAGCUGACUUUUCUAAUAGUUCGGAUAUAUUGGAGAGCUACUCCAGGUCACCCUUCCUGGUAGCAGGUACAGACAAUUACUUCGAUCCAAGUGAUAGGGGAGACCACCAAGGUAAGAUUCUUUCCAUUUGACCUUGUUCUCUAUUCAGGAGGGUAACUGAUUAUUGUGCCCUGGCCCGUCAGGAGACGGUAAGAGGUUGGACACUAUAUCAGAAGGCUUCAGUUAUGAAGAUUUUGGCAGUGAUUGAUUGAAUAAUCUAAAUGGUUGAACUGCACUCCAGUAGGACAGAUAUUUCCGUAAAUAGCUUUAGAUGUGGAAAGACUUCAGAAAUUUGACAUCUUUGAAGGUAUUCAUUUCUGUUUGAUUUGGUCAUAAUAUAUAGACAUGGUAGAUUGUGGAUAGGUUUGCUUCUUGGAAAGGAAGCUGGAAACAAGUCAAAAACAGUUGUUCUUUUGAGAGGUAUUCAUGGAUGUGGCCUCAUCUUUUUUAACGUUUUGCAUAGAAAAAUUUCACUUUGUUAACAGUGGUGGUGUUGUUAGGUAUGUUGGUGUUUUAGUCAUCCUUUGAUUUCAAUGCUCAGUUUGGAAUUUAGGAAACUUUUUCUAUUUGACUUGGAUGAGGAUGGACUGCCAUGUGGAACUGUAUAUCUUGCUAUUCAGAGCUUUAAAUAAAUAAGAAAUGAG